AUGCUCGCCAUCAAGAAAUCAGAAAAGAGCACAUCUUGUGUAGCCAAUGUGCUACCAUGCAGAAUCCAACACAAUGGCCCCGUCAACGCGACCACAAGACACUGGACACCAGAAAGCAGCUCCGACGGCCAAACCAACACAGCAUACUUCAGAGGCAGAAAGUUGAAUGGUAAAACUGUGAACUUGCCAGAAGGCUACAGAGGUGCCAUACUCCAAAAAACCAACACGAUCCUUCCUCCCACCAUCACACCAUCAACGUCAACAUCUCUCGAGGACGAAGAAGACGCCUCAUCAUCGUCAUCAACACCAGAAACCAAAAUCUUGCAAGAAGUUGCAACAUUCGACAAGAUUGUGGUUUGGGGCCAUGAAGUUCAGCCUGAUGGUCAGGAAGACGUGUAUGUUAGGGGUGUGAGUGAGUGGAUUGGUCUGGCUACUGCGGUGAGUUUUUGA